UACGCCAUGGCUAAUAACUUCACUUCCCUCCAGUGGACACCGCCAAAGAAUGUGCCAUGGGACGUCACCGCCAAUUGUGUGUCAUUCGGCAAUUUCGCACAUAGUAUCAUGCGUACCUCUCCGAAGUUGGACUUCUGCGACAUCAAUAACUACUCGCUACGUGAGUUGGUCAAUUCCUCCUUGCCAAAAGGUUUACUGGAAAGCAUCAAAAACAUUACUACUUACCAAUAGCGUCUUGGUACUUGUCUAGCUGUAGCUCACUCGCUUCUGCUAUCACUUGCGACGUCAAAACCUGCUCAAGUGCCUUGGAUUUCAGAGAUGCUAUUUCGAUAGAGCUUGCUAAAUCUGCAAAUAUGACUUGCCUCGGUGAGCUACGUUCUUCUCUUGGCAUUCAAGGCAACGCGGACAUUGCAGGCGUCGGCGUAAGUGCGGAACAUCAACCCACGACAUGUGAAUAUCACAGAUCUAACACAUGCGUUUGCGUGGGUCAUGUUCACAUUUUGUCUUCAGGCCUCCCUCGUUGUCAGUUUUCAGGUCGCGAAGGCUGUGGAGCAUGUACGAAGACGCGUCUUUAACUUCCCUUCACCGAAUCUACUUAGAAUCCUUGAGGUUUCCACAGAAGCCUUCAUACAUGUCUUGCCCACCUUUUAUUGGAGCUCUGUUCUUCUCAGUCUGGGCCUAGUCAUCGCCUCUCUGCUUGCCGCCUUCACCGCCUCCGGGAAGAAACGGGAUGAGCAGUUGGAACAAUGGAAGGCUGGCGAAGACUUUACCAUAUAUGACUCUCAGCUCGUGGCCUUGGGAUCACUUUUCAGCGUUCAAAUCACCUUCAUAAUCAACCUGAUGCUUGAGGUUCCUGGACGUCGAAGACGAGGGUUGAACGGGGGCAUUCUCUCUCUCCUGGGGAUUCUCCUAAUCGGGCUCAUCCGUUUGACAGUUGUCUACGACGCACAACUGCCCGAGGAUGUUGAUAAGCUACUUGAGGCCGCGCUUCAAAGUGAUCAAAAUAUCAGGCUGUUCCUUCAAGUGGUUGCUGGUAUCACGUUAUCUUUGAUGACCACUUGCGGUGUAAUUGCACUGGCCAUUCAGUUCGGCAUACCUAACUUCACACCCUGCCUAGUUGGGAUAACGAAAAGACCGGGUGAUACAUGUAUCAAACGGCGACGCCACUCAGUCUAAUACACCACAAUAAAAUGACUGAGAUGUGGUGGGAAGUCUCGGAUAGACGGUUAGAUGUAAGAAAAGGCACAUGUUUUGUUAUAUCGCGCUUGCUUGUCAUUCGAGAAUUUGUCCCUUUCUACUGCGUUGUUUUGCUAUCUGCAGAUAAGGUAGUUCCUAAUAGGAGAUUCCGCAAUGAUUGGAACUGUGUACCUAGAAAGGAGAAGAAGGGAAGAAAUUGAAAACUAGUCAUUUGAGGCGCAAGGAUCCGUGUAAAUUCACCACAUGAGUUUGC